AACAAUCAAACCGUUCGUAGACCAGCAUCUUGAAAGAGCUCUUUUUCUGUCGUAGAGAGUGACACCGCCGAGCUGAGGCGUAACAUUUUGAAAGGUUGUAUUUAGUAGCGAGCCACAGAGAGCGAGGAUGAGUUAGGGAAGGAGAUUUUUCCCGGAUGAAAUCUCGUUUUGUUUGAAGUUGUUUGUAAAACAGCUGAUAAGUUUUGAUUUUGGAGGAGCUGUUGGAGUACGUCAAGAGAAGCGAGAAACCAUUCAACUCCGAUCUCCCAUGCAAAGGCUCCAUGGCAUAAAGCCCGUCCUCACAUUCAGCCGGUCCCUGUGGAGGAGCUACCGAGGAGCUACUCUGACGCCCCGCUGCCAUUUUCCACAGCCUGAGGGGAACCAGGAAGCAGCCGGCAGGAGCCAUGCCUGCCCUGGCCACUGGAGCCGGCCAUGAGCCAGGUCUGUACGAACUGCUGGCCGCUCUGCCCUCCCAGCUGCAGCCUCAUGUCAGCCGCCCCGAGGACAACACCUUCCUCCAGGACAUGUUUGGGGAGAGAGGCCUCCAGUCGCUGGUCAAGAUCCAUGAAUGGCUGCAGAAGUAUGAAGACAGGAAACCCGUACCUGUCCUAGAAGGCGCUGCUGCUUUGGCUCAUAAUGUGUCUGCGGAACUGGAGGGGAACACAGCCAAUGAAGAUAUCAAAGAGCUUCUUCAAAUACUGGCAAAACCCCAUGUCAAGAGCCUCCUGUCGGUCCAUGAUACCGUCGCCCAAAAGAGUUAUGACCCUGAACUACCUCCGCUGCCCGAAGACCUCGACGAUGAUGAGGACUCAGUGAAAAUCAUAAGACUCGUCAAAAACAAGGAACCUCUUGGAGCAACAAUAAGACGGGAUGAAAUCACAGGAGCCAUCCUGGUGGCGCGGAUCAUGAGAGGAGGAGCAGCCGACAGAAGUGGGCUCAUUCAUGUGGGGGACGAGCUGAAGGAGGUCAAUGGAAUCCCUGUGGAGGACAAGAAACCAGAGGAAAUCAUACGAAUUCUGGCCCAAUCACAAGGAGCCAUUACCUUUAAAGUCAUCCCAGGGGUCAAGGAGGAAGGGCCAGCCAAGGAACCAAAGGUGUUUGUGAGGGCUCUCUUUGACUACAACCCCAAGGAGGACAAAGCCAUCCCAUGUAAAGAGGCUGGGCUGGGCUUCAAGAAGGGCUCCAUCCUUCAGAUCAUGAGCCAGGAUGAUGCAACCUGGUGGCAGGCCAAGCACGAGGGGGACACCAAUCCUCGUGCCGGCCUAAUCCCAUCCAAACAGUUCCAGGAGAGGAGAUUUGCGCUGCCACGACCCGUUGCCACUCUCCAGUCCCAGAGGCUCUCAAGCCGACGAUCAUCUGGGUUCAGAAGAAGCUUCCGUCUCAGCAGGAGGGACAAAAAGACCAACAAGUCCAUGUAUGAGUGUAAAAAGAGCGAGAUGUACGACAUGGCUGACGUGCCCACGUACGAGGAGGUCGCUCCGUACCGCCGGCUGAGUGGAGCUCGGCACAGGCUGGUGGUCUUAGUGGGACCAGCAGGAAUCGGCUUGAACGAGCUCAAGAGGAAACUGUUGAUUUCAGACCCCCAGCACUUCAGCGUGACCAUCCCACACACCAGUCGGGCCAAGAGGAACCAGGAGAGCGACGGCGUGGAGUACCACUUCAUCUCCAAACACCUCUUUGACACCGAUAUCCACAACAACAAGUUCAUCGAAUACGGGGAGUACAAAGGGAAUUACUACGGGACAAGUCUUGACUCGGUACGCUCCGUCCUCUUCAAGAACAAAGUGUGCCUACUGGAUGCCCAGCCUCAUACGAUAAAGCACCUACGGACGCCAGAGUUUAAACCCUUCGUAGUGUUCGUGAAGCCUCCUGCUUUGGAGAGAUUGAGGGAGACCAGACAGAACGCCAAAGUCAUAUCAAGCAAGGAUGACAAGGGAACUGCUAAGCCGUUCACGGAGGAAGACUUUGAGGAGAUGGUGAAAACUGCCCAGACGAUGGAGAGUCAGUACGGCCAUCUGUUUGAGAAAGUCAUAGUCAACGAUGAUCUCACAGCCGCCUUCGGCGAGCUGCGGCUGGCACUAAAGAAAGUGGAGAUGGAGACUCACUGGGUUCCAGUCAGCUGGACUCACUCCUGAGACUGUAGAAGGAGAGAAGGGAAGGGAUUUUACAAAAUAUGCAGGUUUUUAUCUUUUUAUGUCUGCUGUGGCUGGUGUUUGGGGGAUAACGGGAAUAAAACAAGACAGCGCCAGAUGGCUCUGUUGCCAUACCUGAGCUGCACAGGGCUAAAAUAUAAGCCUCUGACUGGGAUCAGGUCGGAUUUAGACUUCAGCUGUGGUCUGGGUAUGGAUCUCCAGGUCUGACCAGAUCUGACAGGGUUGAGGCUAAGGGCGCCUGUGCAGAAUAUGAGCUUUGGACAUUGAUCUGGGGCUCAGACUGGGUCACAAAACCAUGGCCAGGAGUCGGGGCUCUUUUGGUCCAAACCAGAAUGUGGAACGAGCCUGGACCAUCACAGCAACGUCAGACCUGCCAGCACAUCAGCAGCCAUGCCAGCCAGGACACCGUCUUUAGUGUGUUUAUUACAUUAGACCAUUAGAAACCAAAGGGAUCUACAUAUUUCUUCAUGUUGGACAACCUACAUGCACAUGUCUGUAAAAGAACACAACCUCAGAGGGGAAAAAGGGGAGGAAAGAAAACACAUGCCUUCUAACUGUCUUACUAUAUUUCUGUGCUUCAGUAAUGCUUCCAUGACUGUUACUCCAAACAAAACAUGGUCAGGUACACUCUCAAGAAAGGGCAGUAAGUGUAAUUUAAAUUAAGAGAAUUAAUAUAUUUUCUAAUAUCCUCCACUUGUGUUUUCUGCAAACCUUUAUAUACAUAUCUUGACUUUAAGAGCUACCUGAUCUCAGUCUCUGCCUGAUACUGGCAGUAUUUUCUUUUUUACACUGGAGGCGUCUCUUCUUUCAUUUAACUGUUUAGAUUUAAUCUCCCAAGUCUAGUUCCCCCCCUAAAAAGCACAUAGAGAGCUAUUUUAUGUAGGUGUUAUAUAUUCCAUUUAGGAGCCUUUUUAAAAAGCCACUCUUCAUAUGAGGGUGCCCAGCAUAACAGCUUUGCCAUUUUAAGUCCAAGAACUGGACACUUUUGGCUGUCUGCUUGAAGAAAAUGUUCACAAUUGUGUUUUAUUAGGGUGGAGUCUUUAUUUUUAUUCACAUAAAAAAUGGCUUCAGCAAGGCUGCUAAUAGAAGGUCCACAGCUCACGUCCAGGUUUUAAACUCAGAGAAAUGCAAAGUAGCCGCUCUUGACUUUAUGAGCAUCAACAGUUUAUUGCUAAUUUAAGUCUCCCAUUCCCGACAACUUGCUCCUUUUUUACUAACUAUUUGUCUUUCUCAGCUCCUAUCACAUGGAUAGUUAAAUUUCACUGCUUUUAAAUACUUUCAAAGAGCUAGACCUUGACUCAGACCUUGCUGUGUUAUCAUCACAGUCUCCUCUUUAAUUAGGUCUUCCCCUUAAAAUCUGCACCUGAAGAUAAAACCAGUAAAAUUACUCAAUAAAGGAUUUCAAGUUGAGAAUCAGAGUCUUUCUGAUGCUCUCUGAGAUAUAAGGGCUGCAAGCUGAGCUACUGCUAGCUUGUCUUUUGGUGCUUGUUUCUUUGUUAAGGUAUUCUUUUGAUAACCCAUCGAAUUAAACCACUGAAGCAAAAAAAAUUUAAGCAGUUUUACUUUAAAAUCUGUGUUUUUCUAUUUCUGCUUUUGGGCUGCAAGCGUAAUUGCCACUCAAUGGCUGAGCUAAACCCUUUAUCUCUUUUGAUUAUAUUGUUGUAUUAAAGGAGACAUGACAUGGAGUUCUAAGAAAGUAGUCUUCUGGAAGUUCAGAAUGUCUAUCAGACAGUAAUUAAUCACAGCAGAGAGUGAUAAACACAAAUCUUGCAGGGGAAACGUGGGAAUCUUGUUACACUUAUUAGUGGCUGUGAACUGAAUGAUAAUUUGAGGCUUUGCACUGAACAGCUAAACCUUUACUUUUGUGUUUUUGAAAGAGAGAAAUUAAAGAUGAACACUUUCAUGUUCAAAACUGAUGUCUUAAAAUGAGGCCAAGAAGCAAUUAGCCUAGCUUAGCAUUAAAACUUUGGAAAUAGCUGGUGAGCUUCUUCUGUUCAUAGAUUGAAUGUAUUGCAUUCUAGCAUUCUUUACAUUUGGGUUUUAGGAUCUUGUAGUUUCUGACUUUAAACAACACAUUUGUUUAUUUGUAAGCUUAAGGCCGGGCCUGUGUCCACUAAAAGCUUGUUUUGUAGUGACUGCACAAACAACCUCAACUCCAGAGCGCUUCUCACCGGCACACACUGUCUACUUUGUUGCAGCGCUUCCAUUAGAUCUGUUUUAAAAUCCUCUGUAUGCUUAACAUUUGCUUCUUUUUGAUGGAAUUUUAAAAUAAAUCAUAAAAGCAGUUGAUAGAGAUCAUUGUGGUAGCAUUAGUAGCAGCUCUAGACCUGGAAAUGGUAUCACUGAAGAAACUAGUUUGAUUAAUUUCUCCUGCACCUGUACCACUGCCAUUGUAGUUGAUAAAAUUCAUACCAGAAGUCCCGCCUUAAUUAAUUUUGAUUCGCCGAUAAUGGAAAUGCUGUGCAAUGUGAGCACAGCAACAAAAAUCAUCCUAUGUCGAGGGCGUUUUUGCGCCCCCUGCAUACACUGAGUUCUGAAAUUAUCAUUUUUAUUAGUAUUGUGUAAAAACAAGGCCUACAUUUUGCUGGUACGAUUAUUUCUUGACCUCAUCGAGUAAAUUAAAGUCAGGGUCAAGUUAUCAUCCUCUUUUUCAGUCUGUUUACUAAGCUAGGCUAACACCUCCUAUCUAUGGAUGUAAAAUCAGUUUUAUUUUCCACAAUUUCAAAGUAAUUUUAAACUUUUUAAAACCAUAUUUUAUUUUUUGAACUGACCACAAUACUGUUUGAGUACUCUUUCAAUUGUUGUUAUUCUCUAGCUUUAUGGCCAACUCAGGUUGCAUUUCUCGAGUUUCCUCAUGUCCCUUUAAUUUUUGUUCAUCAUGAUAUUUGUAUAUUUGAUUUAUGUCCAUUUUUAAAAAGGGUAAAAUUAGUUUUUGAGUAACGAUAACACACAUCCAAAGGGACUUAAAACACCAUGCACCUCUUUACUUUGUCCCUGUUUUGUUUUUUAAUUUUAGUACCACAUUAACCUCCCUUCCUAAAUGUUAUUUAACUCCUCCCCUCUUUAUUUCUUACCUCUCUGCCAUGUGUUUAAAUGAUUUGGAAUCAGAUUUGUACAGUUUCCAGAAAAUCUUUUUAAUUUCUUGCUGUAAAUGAAAUGCUGUCUAAGAGCACGUUGUAUGAAUUUACAUUAUUCUUGAUAACUACUACAUUUUAUAUUAAAGAAAGUCCAACUAAA